AUGCCGAUUCCUAUGGACACCGCAAAAUCGGAUUCAAAGAAGCGAAAGAGAAAGCACGGAGGUAGUGCGCGCGCAGUAACAGCAGCAGAUGACGAAGUGGCCCCGACACCAGCGGCCGAGAAUGGAACACUGGCCGAUUCUUCAGUAAAGAAAGACGCCGUCUCCGCAAAGAAGUCAAAAAAGUCCGCGAAGGACGGAUCCUCGAAGAAGCGCAAAGUGGAAAAGUCGUCCAGUGAUAAUGAGAAGGAGAGAGAGGAGGGUUCAGAUGCCCCUACUGUUGAGGAUGAGGAUAGCGACGCUAACGAGUCGCCGGCCGCCAAUGCCUCAGACCUUCCUUCCGCAGACCCUGUUCGUCUGCCACAGGUAGAGGGUGAGCCGCAGAAGUUCACAGAGCUGAAUCUGUCAGAAAAGACCAUCAAGGCCAUUCAGGAAAUGGGAUUUGAGACAAUGACCGAGAUCCAGCAGCGUACUAUUCCCCCAUUGCUUGCCGGGCGGGACGUUCUUGGAGCUGCGAAGACUGGUUCAGGAAAGACUCUGUCUUUCUUGACUCCCGCAAUUGAGAUGCUGAGCUCGUUGCGUUUCAAGCCAAGAAACGGUACCGGUGUCAUCGUUGUAUCUCCUACCCGCGAGUUGGCCCUGCAAAUAUUCCAGGUGGCCCGUGAACUUUGUCAGUUCCAUUCUCAAACUUAUGGUAUCGUCAUUGGAGGUGCGAAUCGAAGGGCCGAAGCAGAGAAGCUCGCCAAGGGAGUCAAUUUGCUUGUUGCGACGCCCGGACGUUUGCUUGAUCAUCUGCAAAAUACGCAAGGAUUUGUCUACAAAAAUCUCAAAACUCUCGUCAUCGACGAGGCAGACCGCAUCCUUGAAGUCGGGUUCGAAGAUGAAAUGCGCCAAAUCGUGAAGAUCUUGCCGAAUGAUAACAGGCAAACAAUGCUGUUCUCCGCUACUCAAACCACUAAGGUGGAGGAUUUGGCGCGGAUAUCGCUCAGACCGGGUCCUCUAUACAUUAACGUGGACCAUCGCAAGGAGCACAGUACCGUUGAAGGGCUGGAGCAAGGCUACGUCCUCUGCGAAGCCGACAAGCGCUUCUUGUUGCUCUUUUCCUUCCUGAAGCGCAAUGCGAAGAAGAAGAUUAUUGUUUUUUUCUCCAGCUGUAACUGCGUCAAAUACCACGCAGAGCUACUUAACUACAUCGAUCUCCCAGUGCUCGAGCUACACGGAAAACAGAAACAGCAGAAACGGACCAACACAUUCUUCGAAUUCUGCAAUGCGAAGCAGGGAACCCUAAUUUGCACUGACGUUGCCGCCCGAGGCUUGGAUAUCCCCGCCGUGGAUUGGAUUAUCCAGUAUGACCCACCAGAUGAUACCAGAGAUUACAUCCACCGGGUUGGUCGUACAGCCCGUGGUAAGGACGGAAAGGGUCGCAGUUUGAUGUUCUUGCAGCCGUCCGAAGUCGGGUUCCUGAAGCACCUGAAGGAAGCGCGAGUGCCCGUGGUGGAGUUCGAUUUCCCAAGCAACAAGAUCGUCAAUGUGCAGUCUCAGCUUGAGAAGCUGAUUGAGCAGAACUACUAUUUGAACAGGUCUGCCAAGGAUGGCUACCGCUCGUACCUCCAGGCGUAUGCCUCACACUCACUCCGGUCCGUCUUCGACGUGCACAAAAUCGACCUGGUCAAGGUGGCGAAGGGAUUCGGGUUCUCCACCCCUCCACGCAUCGACAUCCAACUAGGCUCCAGCCUCAGUCGGGACAAGAAACAGCAACAGCAAGGCCGUCGAAACUACGGCAGCCAACCCAAUAACAAAGGAUUGAAGUUCAAGCGGAAACACGAGGAUGAUUGA